AGGACGGGAGACUUUAUCUACAGCCAUGAAACGAAGUUACAAGUGGUGCAGAAAAAACGAAAAUAACAGGACGAGAACAGACAAUUAAUAGGAUCUUUGGCAAAGACAUUUGGAUAAGAUUGCUGUGGGGUGACGAGUGAAGGGAAGUUUAAGGGUUUAAAAGAGUGUGGAUGACCUGACACCUCUGCAGAAGUAUGGAAAAGGACACAGAGUCAGAUACAAGAACAGACAGGCCUUCAUGCAACGGGACCUUCAACCAGAAGCGGGGCACCAGGAUGAAUCGACAGGUCCAGAGGGCAGAGGGGAUCAGGAUCACUGGCAGCUCAGGAGAGCAGAAGAGAGAGAGAGAUAACACUAUGUCCACAACAGUUCAGAGCUCAGUACAAGCUGAUGCUGGUGGGACAGUGAUCGCUCCUGCACUGAUCGGUAACCAGUUCUCUGGACCAGUCACCCUCAAUAUUAACUCCUGCACUGCAGAACCUGUAAAAAAGCCUCAAGAGAUUUGUCCUGAGGAAAGAAAAUCUGGAAUUUGCAAUAGGCUGAAGUCACACAUAAAGAAAAAUUAUGAAACAAUCUACGAAGGGACGUCACAUAUAGGAAGCAGAACAGCACUGUCUGAUGUCUACACCGAGCUGUACGUGGUGGAUGGUCGCACUGGGGGAGUGAGUCAGGAGCAUGAGGUUCUGCAGAUUGAAGCAAUGCCGAGAAGCAUCGGUGAAGACACUCCAGUCACAUUCAGCAAAGUUUUCAAUGAGAAUUUAAACUUACAAACACCGAGAACGGUGCUCACCCUCGGGAUUGCUGGAGUAGGAAAGACUGUGGCUGUGCAAAAGUUUGCUCUUGAUUGGGCUAAGACAGAAAAUAAUGAGCUGGACUUUGUGUUCCUGAUCCCAGUCAAACUUUUGAACCCUAUUAUGUAUAAAAACAACUACAGCCUAUUCGACUUACUCAGUUACUUAUUUACCAUAAACUUGAAGAUUGAAGGCUUAGUGGCUCUUGAUGGUUAUAAUGUCUUGUUUAUCUUUGAUGGUCUAGAUGAGAGCUGCCUCACACUGGAUUUUAGAAACAGUGAAAUGGUACAUGAUUUGAACGAGCGAUCAUCUGUUCAUUUGCUAAUCACUAGUCUCAUCACUGGAAAGAUGCUUCCAUCUGCCCGCAUUUGGAUAACCUCCAGACCAGCUGCAGCUUAUCAGAUACCCAACAAUCUCAUUCACCUUGUGACGGAGGUGAGAGGAUUCAGUGAUGAGCAGAAGAGGGAGUACUUCAGAAAGAGAAUCAGUGAUCGAGAACAAGCUGACAAAAUCACCUCUCUUGUAAAGAACUAUAAGAGCCUUUACAUUAUGUGCCACAUCCCAGUCUUCUGUUGGCUAACUGUGACUGUGUGUCAGCAAAUUUCAGCUAAAAAUGAGAACACAGACAAUGCAGAAGUUCCCACAAUUCUCACAGGCAUGUACAUCAACUUCAUAUAUUACCAGAUUGACCAGAACCUUCAGAAAUAUCCAGUGAGGCAUAAUGGUGAAAACCCAGUGAAAAAUGCUGACAUCGAGGUGGAAAUUCUAAAAUUAGCAGAACUCGCUUACAAGAACCUCAUAAAGGAAAAAUUCUUUUUUUCAGAAAAAGAUCUACAAGAAUGUGGCAUUGAUGUUGAGGCAGCUUCUGUGUAUUCUGGGGUGUUCACUGAAAUCUUCAGGGAGGAGAUAACAUUAGUAAGAUCCAAGGACUUCAGCUUUGUGCAUUUGACCCUUCAGGAGUUCCUUGCUGCCCUCUAUGUGUUUUACAUGUACAACACUGAAAGGAAAAAUGUCCUUCAUCAAACCAUGGUUGAGAAAAUCACAUGACAUGUGAAUAAUACCCUCUAUGACCUUCACAAAUCUGCUAUCACAAAGAGUCUAAAGUGUGAGACUGGACACCUGGAUCUAUUUCUUCGUUUCCUCCUGGGUAUCUCACUGCUGUCCAAUCUGGAACUUUUGAACAAAAUGUUUCAGCAGCAGAAGUUCACAGGAGGCACUAAGAAAACUGUUCAGUUAAUCAAGAAGGGGAUAAGGGAUAAGAUCUCCCCAGAAAGGACACUCAAGCUCAUGCACUGCCUGAUAGAGAUGAAUGACACCUCACUGUUGGAGGAGGUUAAGAUCUACAUGAGCUCUGAUUCAGAACAUCAGCUCAGUCCUGAUCAGUGCUCAGUGCUUAUGUACCUCCUGCUCAUCUCGUCUGCGGAAAUAGAUGAAUUUGAUUUAAGGAAAUACCUCAAGUCUGACGAGGGUCUCAGGAGAAUGAUGCCAGUUGUUGCUGUUUGUAGACGAGCUUUGCUCAGUAACUGCAAUUUGACUAAACAGAGCUGCACUUACCUGAUCAGCUACAGAAUGUCAUACCUUACAGAACUGGACCUAAGCUAUAACUCUCUGCAGGAUGCUGGAGUAUCAGAGCUAGCUCAUUGGCUCAAGAGUCCAAACAGUAAACUUCAGAUUCUCAGGCUGUGUCGGUGUGAUCUGAGAAAGAAAAGCUGUAGAGGUCUGCACUCAGUUCUCAGCUCAAACUCCUCAAGACUGAGAGAACUGGACAUGAGUUACAAUAAACUGCAGGAUUCAGGAGUGAAGCUGCUCUCUGCUGGACUGGAGAAUCCCCACUGUACACUGGAGAUACUGAGGUUGUCUGAGUGCAGGAUUACAGAUGAAAGUUGUGUUGCUUUGGCUUCAGCUCUGAGGUCGAACUCCUCAUCACACCUGAGAGAGCUGGAGCUGAAAAAUAAUCCUAUAGGAGAAUCAGGAGUCAACCUGCUGUCAGAUCUACUGAAUGAUCCACACUGUAAACUAGAGAGACUAUUGUAAAUCACUGCAGUGUGUGCGUGUGUAUGUGCACACAUGUGUCUCCAGAUCAUGGUAUUAUGUUGAUGAACAUCACAUCACAGAGAAGUGUUAGUGUCUCUCACAGCUGUGAUACUGAUUCAGUCCUUUAGUCCUCAUAAAUGGUUCGCAGUCCUCUGUUUGGUGUUUUAUAAUCAGGGUUUAAACAGUAGGAGUGUUAACAGCUGCACCGCUUUAUAUUGUGAUAAAAUGAUAAUAAAAUAUCCUCAGCUUGAUCUGCUCAUAUCACCACUUCCUGUACAAGACAGGACAGUGUGGUGUGAAAGUGCAGAGUGGUUCUGACUCAGAACCCAAACAAUGGAACUGCAGCAUUAACACGUGUUUCAUCUGAUUCUCCGUGUGUGUGUGUGUGUGUGUGUGUGUGUGUGUGUGUCAGUGAUUAAUAUAGAAUGAGAGAGACUGUGUGAGUGUGAUAUACAGUACUUAAGGUUAUUCUUUCCCACUCACUAUGUUCAAUGUUAUUCUGUAGUAAAACUUCUCUUCCUACUGCCUGGUAAACAGUAAUGUCACAUUUAUAGCAUUAUCAUAAAUUUAACUGACAAUAUUUUUAUAUGUUAAGAACGCAUGUAAGCCUAUUAUCCUGAUCAAAGUUUAUAUAUAUAUUUAUUCUUAGUUAAUAAAACAACUAAAAAUGAA